ACUGUCAAUUCCGCUCUGGGAAAUGGUUUAGGUGUCGUUGCGUAAGGACAGAAUGACAGAGAACAGCCACCAGGACACUGACCGCAGCAGAGGAGGGAGAUUCGACAGGAACAUUCUCUUUAAACAACAUGGAAUCUAUAUCAUAUGACCGGUUUAGCACUCCUGAGGCAGAAAUUAAUAACACUGGACAGAAAUUUAUACAUGUAUCAGGUAGACAAAACAGAAAGAUGUACAUAAUAUAUGGCGUCCUCGUCCUCUAUGUGUUUAUACUGACACUGGCUGUAGGAAUUAAAAUCUCUCAGGUCAGCAAAGAGGUAGCUGAUGUUAGACUUUCUGUGGAGUCUCUCGAUGUCUCCAUUAAAAAGGGCCCUGGAGCUCUGCAAUUUGAAAAUGCUCAUUUCUCUGAGCUUUUGAUGACUGAGCAUGUGAUCCCGGUGCAAGGUCCCUGCCAGGAAGACUGGGUGUUUUAUAAAGACUCAUGCUACUUUCAGUCUUCAGUAAAGAAGAACUGGCAACUUGCUGAGAACAACUGUAUCCAGAAAGGAUCACACUUAGUUGUUGUCAAUGACAUGGCUGAGCUUGACUUCCUGUCUUCGAUCGUUAAGACGUCUAACAGCUACUGGAUUGGGCUUGUUGAGAAAGAAAAGGAAAAAUGGUCCUGGGUAGAUGGAACAGACUUUGAUGCUACUGAACACCACUGGGAUGAAGGUCAACCAGAUGACUGGGAUGUUCGUUUGAAUGGUGAGGACUGUGGGCAGCUCCACGCUCGGACAACUUUGGAGAGACGGAGGCUGUGGAAUGAUGCAGACUGUACGCUCUCUUUUCCCUACUUCUGUGAGAGCAAACCCAAGAGCCACUGAUAAAUAACUAAACUCAAACACAGCAAAAUGUCUUAAGAGAACCUUUCUUAAG